CCCCUCUACCCGCGCGCACACCCGCAGUCAAGCGAGAGGCGACAGCUAACCAGCUGCGCGUCUUGUGUUUUUCUGAUUUUGCGGUGCGGUUGACGUUUCUUUCUUAUUUUUUGUGAUAUUUACAAAAAUAGACUGAACUGUGUACUUACGCGUGUGAAUAUUUUCGGUGUUUACAAAUAUUAACAGUCCGUUGCUAGCGUGGACGUUUCCAAACAGUGCCGUUGAACUGUGCUUUCCAUGGAUCCCAGUGCCUUUUGUCUGUAAAACAGUGGAUUAGACGAGAUUGGUGUUGUUCUGUUGCUCAGCGUUCCUGUAAGUUUGCUUGUGGACCCAGCAGUGUGAACAGUGAUUGUUGUCGUGGCCGGUUUCCGUGGAGGAAACUUUCGAAACGUGAAUAAAAUAGUGGGUAAUGCUUUCGUAGCGAAUGCGGGCCUUGCCUGCACGCAUUCCAUAGGGAAGCAAGGUGCCUCCAAUAAGCAUUUUACGGGAGACGAGCGGCGCGGGUGGCGGGGCGGGCAGCGGAGGGCUGCUGGCCAUGAACGCCACCCAGGUGCAGUGCGAGCCCCACGACUCGGUCGUACUCAUUAAAUAUGAGCACCGAUCGGCGGGAGGCAGCUGGGAGGAGCCCGUGAGUGCUGUGAGGAACACUCCUCUUCGCCGCUCACAGAGGCUCAACUCCACCCUGGAUUCCAGGAGCACUGGCCAGUUGCGCAACACGCUCAGUCGCGCCCGUGAGCUAUGCGAGCGCUGGCGCAGCGGCGGUGCGACGCCGACGCCGCCCGCCCAGCCGCCCGACGACGAGGGCGGGGGGCGGCUGGCGCGCUGGUUCAGCGUGCGGCGCGGCUCGGCGCAUCACUACGACAUGCACACGCACGAGUCGGACAAGAUGCCAAAGCUGCCGGAGUUGGAGGAGGAUUUGUUCUCGUGCGGCGGGGAGGUGCGCGGAGGGCGGGUGCCGCCGCCGUCUCUUGGUCUGCCGCCGGACUGCCUCACGCCGGUCCAGCUACGCCGGCGACACGUGGUCGCCGCUAUCAUACACAGCGAGAACUCCUAUGUGGCCACGCUGCAGAGGCUCGUCAACGACUACAAAAAGCCGUUAGAAGAGAGCAGUCCAGCGAUACUGAACGCCUGCAAGAUCCAAACAUUAUUCCAUCGGCUGCCUGACAUACUACAAUGCCACCUGCACUUCCGAACUGCGCUGGCCGACUGUGCGCGCACGUGGGACCGCGAUGAAAAAAUUGGCGAGGUCUUCCUCAGCGCGUUUUCUAAGGCCGUCGUACUGGACGUGUACUCGGACUUCAUAAACAACUUCUCGGUGGCGAUGGAACUGGCCAAGAUGGAGUCCAAACGCAAGUCUGCGUUGGCUGACUUCUUCAAAGUGAAGCAGAUCAGCGCACACGACAGGCUGUCGUUCUUUGGGUUAAUGGUCAAACCGGUGCAACGGUUUCCACAGUUCAUCAUGUUCUUACAAGAUCUCCUCAAACACACGCCUCCAGGACACGCAGACCGCGUGGCUUUGCAGAGAGCGCUGACGCGGCUUGAAGCACUCGCGGAGGCCCUCAACGAGAGGAAACGCGACGCAGAAAGGACGCAGGCGUUCCGCGCGGCGCUCCGGCGGCUGACUCGCGGGGGUGUGACAGGGGCGGGGGGUGCGGGAGGGGCGGCGCGGUUCGGCGCCGCGAGGCUACUGGCCUCACGCGCUGACAGGAGGCAUCUGUUGAGGCAGGAUGACUUGGUGCAGUUGGAAUUCAACCAAUCGGGUGGCAUAUCCAAGUGCAAACCUCGUCGGCUUCUCCUUCUCAACGAUCUGGUGGUUUGCGUAUCUGUGGGUGCGGGCGGCGAUGAUGCUGAAAGGCUGGGGCUCAAGUGGGCGCACCCUGUACAAGACGUUGACGUUUUGGACACGGGCACCUCGCCUACGCUCAGCAGGGUGCUGGCUCAAGGCAUGAACCGCAGCGGCAGUCUCCGCUCGAACUCAAGCGGCAACGUGCACCAAAGCACUGCGACUGGCGAUUCUCUCUGCAACGAGAUGUCAGCGCUCAUGUACGAUUACGAGACCGUGUCGCGGAUGGCUGACCUCGCUGCCUCUAUGAGGACGCCGUACCCUGAGCUGGCUCCUGAGAUGUUCAGGGCUUUGCUGCAGAACAUACAGAAGAAUAUACAGAAAAAAGACGACGAAAUGGCGUGGGUGGAUUCCUGUUGCCUCCAACUGACGAUACGCGGGCGCGAGGAACCAGUGACGUUCCGAGCGAGCGAGCCGGGCGCUCGCCUCGCGUGGGCCACUGAGCUAAGAUUAGCUCAGUUAGCUCAGGCGUCCGCUAACUCGCCUGCCUGGCGAUUGCCCGCGCCGCAGCAAGCGCCUGCGCAUAAGAUGCCGUUGUUUGUAGCCGCUACGCCUGUGUACUCAUCUAAGCAUUUGACUGAGGUGCGCUGCGGCUGUUUCUACACGUCAAGCGGCAGCCCGCGCGGCGCGUCCAUGCGGCGCGCGCGCUCCUUACUAUGGGUGUGCGCGGCGGGCGCGGCCGCCAGCCACGUGGCCGUGCUCGCGCACCGCGCCGCCAAGCUCAAGACGCUCGUCACGCUCGACCUGCCCGACACCAAGGUUACCUCCAUGGAAUAUGCAAAAGGACUCCGACAAGUGACCACGCUGUGCGGCGACACAGUGUGGCUCGGCACUGAGGACAAGAAGAUCAUCAUAUUCUCCGGCGUCGAACCGGAGAAGCAGGAAAAAUUGACUGAAGUCCAGACCAUCGCGGCCGUCACGCAAAUCCGCUACCACUGCGAUUCCAUGUUCGUGGGACUCGCCAACGGACGAGUUUCAGUCUUCAGAAGGAACCACGAUGACUCCUGGGCGCUACACGAACCACUCGCAAUAGAACUAGGCGACAAACCAGUCCACUGCGUGUUACCGGUCGACGGAAUCGUCUACGCGACGUGCGCGCGACGCGUGUUCGCUAUCAACGCGCUCACAGCCGAAAUCAUGCGCAUAUUAGAACUCAAGGGAGACGACGACAGAUCAGUGAAAUACCUCGCGCAUUCCGGCGUCGGAUUAUGGACCGCGUUCUCAGAUUCCACGUACGUCAGUCUGUACCACGCGGAGACGUUCGAGCAUCUGCAAAACAUUGACAUCGCUGCAGACGUAGCGAAGACCAUCGGUGCUAGGGAGGGCAGUAAACCCGCUCAUGUUUCCGCCUUGCUGGCGGGACAAGGGUUACUGUGGGUGGGGACAACCGCUGGCGUCACUGUGACCGUCCCCCUUCCCAAGUUAGAAGGACUGCCUCUCGUAGGAGGACACAUGGGAGUUUCCUAUCACGCUCACGCGGGACCGGUGACGUUUUUACUGUCAUUGGUGCCUGAAACUAGGGAAGUCGACGUGAACACGGUGCGACGGAAUCUGUCAAAUGCGCGCGCUCUAGCCAACUCGGCGACGCUGCACGAAUUCAAAGAGGAGGAAGCAAAAGAGAAUGACAUCGAUAAACCUAAACUCGAGAGGCGGAUAUCGGAGGAGACGAGCCCGUACCGGCCGCAGCGAGUUCAAUCCGCGGUCGUUCGCAGGAAGAAACCGGGAGACGUGCGGCUCAGCAAAACGCUGCCGAAGUGCGCCAACUUGAACGCGUGUGACGUAUACGGCUUAUUUGGGGACUUGAUGUUCGUCAAAGACUGCGUUGGGGAGGCUGACGUAAGUGGCUCCGGUGGCGAAGCCCUAAGACGGAGUGACCCCGAACUCGCCGCCAUUCCGUUCAGAGUUAGCACGCUCGACCGCCGGCUACGAAUGCGGGCAGGCCGACCGAGGAGUCUCGAUCUAUCCAGCUGGUCAGUCGAUUCUCGCGCGUCAAGUCUCUGCACCUCAUCAGGCAGCGAGGAAUCGAUGGCCCUCCGUGGGGUUUCUCGAACAAGUUCGGGCGCUUCUGGGGCAGCGAGUCUGGCACCUGUUGCCGUUUCCACCCCGGACUCGACUUCGAGUAAAUCCACCGCAUCAGACCGUUCGAUAUCCCGGAGCGAUUCUGCGAACGCUCAAGAAUCCAAAACGACUGGGAAGAGUGCAGCUAGGAGUUUAAGGGGCUCGGACUAUGUGUUAGGAGAGAGUGCGGCCCGGAGGUCCGUAGUGACGAUAGUAGGAGGGCGAGGUUACGUGGAUUGGAGGCAGACGGCUGACGCAGCCGAAAGGCCAGCGCCCGCCGCUGACCCCAAUCCCAAAGACGCUCACCUCAUCCUCUGGGAAAUGCGCUUGUGACCUGCCCCAGUGACAAAACGGUACAUGACACCUCCAAUACCACUAGAAAUAUCUCAGAGUCAGACAGUUGUUUACCAAACAAAUA